UCAUAUACUAGUAGUAUCAACUACCCACCCCCCACCUCCUACGCCUCCGCCGUUGCAGCUAAACCCCUCUCCCUACUCCUCAUCCUUCCCAUCCGCAUGGAUCGCGCCGCGCGCCUCGCCCGCCGCGGCGGCGGCGUGACCGUGGCUGAAUACCGCAUGGUGCGGGGCCGCCGCCGCGGAGGCGACGCGGGGCCGGUGGUGGUCAUCGAUGUCGAAGACGACGGGGAGGACGCUGCUGAUGACUCCGCCGGCGGUGGGGGUGGAGCGGCGGCGGCGGUGAAGAGGAGGGUGGUGGUUCCGGGGGCCGUGGCGACGCGGACGCGAUCGCGGAGGAUGGCGAUGGCGCAGCAGGCGCCCGUCACGCCGCCGGCUGCGGCGGAGGAGGCGCCGAGCAGGAGGAGGAAGAGGAAGGGGGCGGCGAGUGCGGAGGCGGGUGGCGGAGGGCCGUCGAAGCGCCGCGUGCGAUCCUCGGGGUCAGCGGGCGGGCGUGGUGCGCGCAAGCGCAAGGAGGCGGAGGCGGAUGAGGAGGAAGCGGAAGCAGAGGCUGAGGAGGAAGCGGAAGCAGAGGCGGGGACUCCCGCUCGCGGAGAAUCGAUGGAGGUGUCACAGGUUGACGGGGGUGGCAGCAGCGGGCGAGCCGAUGACGCUUCGCACAAUGGUAAUGGCGAGUCUCGCGUGUGUAACGCGGAUGGCAUUGAUCAGGCAAGCGAGGAGCGUCCAAGUGUCGCUGGUGGGGAUCUAAUUGAGGAGGAGCACUACGGGAAUGGGGAAGCCAGCGUCGCUGGUGGGGAUCGAAUUGAGGAGCACUGCGGUAAUGUGGAAGCCAGUGUCGCCAAUUCGAAUCGUGAUGGCGGUGAGAUCAUCGCUGGGGAGGGCACAGAGGAUCGUGGGAACACGGAGUUAUCAGUGGUGGAUCCAGUGAAUGAAGAGUUGGCUUCCGAUGAGGAUGAUUACGACGAUGAAAUGUUGGAGGAAAAGCUUGUCGGAGAUGUCAUUCGUGCUUACAGCAAUGGCGCUGAUUUGGAUACAAAUGGAGUGGACUGGGAAGCCGAGGAUGAGAUGGAAUUUGCUGAUUUGGAUACAAAUGUAGUGGACUGGGAAGCUGAGGAUGAGAUGGAAUUUGAUGAUGAUAAUGAUAAUGAUGCUGAUGACGACGGUGAUAAUUUUGGGGGUGAUGCGGAUGAAGGUGACAAAUCUGUACAAAUGCAUGACUUUUCUAAGGUGGAAACACAAGAUUUGGUGAGCCACAAUGUUAAUGUUAGUGAAGUGAGGCCUCAUGAGGAUGAGGAGGCUAUCAAGGAUGAGAUGGAGUCAAAGGGAAAAGGAUCUCUCAGUUUUAAUGAAGGGAGCUCCUAUAUUGAAAUUCUUGACUCUGACGAGGAAGUCAAAGUGGUCAAUGACACAGGGAAUGCCUUGAGAAGGAAGCCAUUAGUACCAGCGAAGCUACCGAUUGUGCCAUCUUGUGUUGCAUGGAGAACUCGGUCAUCAUGGGGUAUGAAGGAGGAGAGGAUUUCUUACAAUACAUAUUUCGAGGUAUUGUCUGAUGAGCCAAAAGAGGAUGAUGAUGACACUGAAGUGGAAUUGGAUGAUGAGGAGGACGAUGAAAACGAUGACGAUUGCAAUAGUGCUAGCUGUGAUGAAGAAGAUGAAGAGGAAGAAGAGGAAAGAGAGGAGGAAGAGGAAGAAGCUCAAAGGAGAAAGCAAAAGAAAGGGAUUGACUCAUCUGAUGAUGAGAUGAUUGAUGAUGCUGUAGAUUGUGGCAUUGAUUGGGAGGAGGAUUACCCAGAGGUUGAUUUUACUCGGCCACUUACCUUUCAGAAAGAUGGCAGUGAGGCCCCUGUGGGCAGCGAGGCUUUUACGGAGCAACAGAAGAGAUCGCGAUUUACAUGGGAGCUUGAGAGGAGGAAAAAACUGAAGCUUGGCAUGAUGACGAAUCAUCGUUUGUAUGAACGAGACCUGGAAUCAGAUUCCAACUCAUCAGAUUCUAGUCAGAAUCGAAAAAAUGGAUGUCAAGGGAGUGGUGAUCACAGAACUGGGAGGAAAAGGAAGAAUCCAUUAUCAAAAUCUGGUAAGAAAUCCAGCCGCAUGUUAAAGAGGCAGUCUCUUAUGAAGCUUCUGAUGGACAAGAUGUGUAGCAAUGAUGAUGGGAAGUCUACUCCUUUUGACCAGAAGCCCCAGAUUGAGUAUAGUUUCAAGGAUUUGCAUCCGUUGGUUUUUUCAUUUGGGGACGAUGAUCCUAGUCCAACUGAUAGGUCAGAGCAAGAUGCUGCACUUGAUAUGCUAUGGGCUGAUUUAGACUUCACUUUAGAGUCAGAGAACAUUGGGACUUAUUAUGAUGAUGAGGGCCAAGAGGACAGUCUGCUAGAUCAUGCACUUGCUCCUAUUACACCUUGUUCUAGAGGGAAGCAUGAAUUUAUUAUUGAUGAGCAAAUAGGAAUCAGAUGCAAAUACUGCUCCUUGGUAAAUCUGGAAAUCAGAUUUAUUUUACCAUUGCUGGCCUCCAAUUUUGCAGAGAAACCUGCAUGGCGAAACAGCUCUUGUUUGAAGACUGCGUUGAUGUGUCCUGAUCUUUAUGAACAAACAGGGACUGGUGAUGGACAAUCUCAAGAUUUCCAUAUAAAUGGAACUGUGUGGGAUCUCAUUCCUGGCGUCAUUACUGAUAUGUAUCAGCAUCAACGUGAGGCAUUUGAGUUUAUGUGGACAAAUCUAGUGGGUGAUAUUAGGCUUAAUGAAAUAAAGCAUGGGGCUAAGCCUGAUGUUGUUGGAGGAUGUGUGAUCUGUCAUGCCCCAGGGACAGGAAAGACUCGUUUGGCUAUUGUGUUUAUCCAGACAUACAUGAAGGUGUUCCCAGACUGCCGACCGGUGAUUAUUGCACCUCGUGGGAUGCUGUUUGCUUGGGAACAAGAGUUCAAGAAAUGGAAUGUCAACGUUCCUUUUCAUAUAAUGAACACUACUGAUUACUCUGGGAAGGAAGACAGAGAUAUAUGUAGAUUAAUAAAGAAAGAGCAUCGGACUGAAAAGUUGACUAGGCUUGUAAAACUGUUUUCAUGGAACAGGGGUCAUGGUGUUCUUGGAAUUAGUUAUGGUCUAUAUAUGAAACUAACAUCUGAAAAGGUUGGCUGCACUGGAGAAAACAAAGUGAGAACUAUUCUUCUUGAGAACCCUGGUUUGCUUGUUCUCGAUGAAGGGCACACACCUAGGAAUGAGCGCAGUGUUAUUUGGAAGACACUAGGAAAAGUUAAAACCGAGAAGCGUAUAAUUCUAUCUGGAACUCCUUUCCAAAAUAAUUUUCUUGAGCUUUACAAUAUUCUCUGUUUGGUGAGGCCUAGGUUUGGUGAAAUGUUUUUGACUAAAACAAGAGUGGGUCGAAGGCACUGUGUCUCAAAGAAGCAACGGGAUAAAUUUUCUGAUAAAUAUGAGAAAGGAGUUUGGGCUUCCUUAACUAGUAAUGUAACUGAUGAUAAUGCAGAAAAGGUAAGAUCAAUACUGAAACCAUUUGUUCAUAUCCAUAAUGGGACUAUUCUUCGAACUCUUCCGGGGCUCAGAGAGUGUGUGAUAGUUCUGAAACCUCUACCGCUUCAAAAGAGUAUCAUUAGAAAGGUAGAAAAUGUUGGAUCUGGUAACAAUUUUGAACAUGAGUAUGUUAUUUCUUUAGCCUCCACACAUCCUUCACUUGUAAACGCAAUUAACAUGACGGAAGAAGAAGCUUCCCUUAUUGAUAAACCUAUGCUUGAAAGAUUAAGGUCUAAUCCUUAUGAAGGAGUAAAAACAAGGUUUGUAAUGGAAGUUGUUCGUUUGUGUGAAGCAUUGAAAGAAAAGGUAUUGAUUUUUAGUCAAUUUAUUCAGCCAUUAGAAUUGAUAAAGGAACAUCUUCGUAAGAUUUUCAAAUGGAGAGAAGGAAAAGAGAUUCUCCAAAUGGAUGGGAAGAUCCUCCCGAGAUAUCGUCAAAAUUCAAUUGAGGUUUUCAAUAAUCCGGAUAGUGACGCGAGGGUGUUACUUGCAUCUACAAGAGCUUGUUGUGAAGGGAUUAGCCUAACAGGGGCUUCUAGAGUUGUUCUUCUAGAUGUUGUCUGGAAUCCAGCUGUUGGAAGGCAAGCUAUCAGCAGAGCAUUUAGGAUAGGACAGAAGAAAUUUGUAUAUACAUACAAUUUAAUAACUUAUGGAACAGGUGAAGGUGACAAAUAUGAUAGGCAAGCAGAAAAGGACCACUUGUCCAAGUUGGUCUUCUCUACAGAAGACGAGUUCAGUAAUGUUAGGAACAUGCUUUCAAAAGCUGAAAUGGAGCACUGUUCUAAGUUGAUAUCCGAGGAUAAGGUUCUGGAGGAAAUGACUUCCCAUGACCAGCUGAAAGGCAUGUUUUUAAAGAUUCAUUAUCCACCAACUGAGUCAAACAUUGUUUUUACUUACAACCAGAUUGCUCCUGAGUUAAGUUAAUAAUGACUGGCAUCAGAUGGAUUCAUUCUUUAAGGUGGUGCUCUCGAACUUUUGACUUCUUAUUGUUGUGGCUAGUUCUAGAAUGAUCAGAUAUUGAUGGAAUGCGAUGUGCAUGUGUAAUGCAGCUGACUAGCUAGCGUGAGGACAGUGAGACUGAAUACAGCAUAAAUUUUCAGCUGUUUUUGUUGCAGAUGAUGAUUCAUUAAUUAUAAGGUGAACCCUUGUGUAAUCGCACUGGAAGAACAUACUAUUGCUAUGGCAUCCGUGGUCCAGAGUUAAAUAGUUCUAGUUGACUGGCAUGCACUGAGAAAUUCCUGAUGCAGCAGGCUGUGGUAUCCCUAUACUCUAUCAAAUAAUGGAUCUUGGGUUGCAUUAUGUCACGCAUGAUCAAAUAGGACUAGUCAGUUCUUACAUAAUGGGUGCAAAGCAUCAACCAAUCUAGAAUCGGCACAAGGUCGCCGGCUGAAAAAUCUUCUUGUGUAUAAUAAUGAAUCUCCAGAUGCGAUGUAUAAUAAUGCUAUUGGUUCAUUUCUGGUGGUCCAAUAUUUGUUGAACUAAACACAAUCUUAAUAUGAAUAAGCGGACUAGUUUCAGCUAUGCUUCA